UUACUGUCUUUUCACUUCUUUCUUUUCCCUUUCCUGCAACCAAACUCCCCUCUUUUUUCUCUCUUUAAGGUUGGAACCGUGGUACCCUCUCGUCGGUGAAAAAUCAAACAUUGCACGUUAUCAUAUGAUGUUUGUGUCUGUUCCUUUAACCUUCUCAACUCCCAUUUCCUUAAUCUCCACUUCUAUCCAUUUUUCCUGUCCCGUGAAUUGUCCGUGCCAGAGUUGAAUCUCCUCGCCAUUGGGUCUCAGAUGUUCUUCUUUUGUCUUGGAUGAUCCACGUACCAGCAAAGCCUCGCACUUCAUUCUUAAGAGGCUUCUCACAUUCGAAGCCUUCUUAUCGUUAUGGAGCAUAAGUCUUGGCUUUGGGGGAAAAAAUCCACACAGAAGACAAUAGCAACUGACAAAACAAAUCUCACCUCAAAAGAGAAUGGAGAGGUACAGGAACCUGUAAGUGAUAAAGAAAAAUUGGAGAAAGACUUAAAAAGAUUAAAUGAUAAGCUUGCUUUUACACUUUCUGAAUGUGCUGCUAAAGAUGAGCAGCUGAAGAAACAAACAAAAAUUGUUCAAGAAGCAGUGGCAGGAUGGGAGAAGGCGGAAGCUGAAAUAUUAUCUAUGAAGCAACAUCUUGAUGAAUCUAUACGGCAGCAAUUAGUUUAUGAAGAAAGAGCGGCACAGUUGGAUGGUGCUCUGAAGGAAUGUAUGCAACAGUUACGUUUUGUUAGAGAAGAGAAAGAGCAAAGGAUGCAUGAUGCUGUAAUGAAAGUUUCUAAAGAAUUUGAAGUAGCACACACAGUUUUGGAGGAGAAGCUAUCAGAGAGCAGUAAAGGGCUUGCUAAAUUUGGGGUUGAAAAUUCUCGUCUUAGUAAAUCUAUUGUGGCUAAAGAAAAAUUGAUUGAAGAUUUGAAAAGAGAAUUGGCUCAUGCAGAGGAUGAUCAUAAUGCAUUGAUGAUUAGAUUAGAGUCCAUGGAGAGAGAUAAUGCUUCCCUGAAGUACGAAACUCAAGUACUUGAAAAGGAACUUGAUAUCCGGAAUGAGGAAAGAGAAUUUAAUCGUAGAACAGCUGAUGCUUCUCAUAAGCAGCAUUUACAGAGUGUUAAAAUUGCCAAGUUAGAAUCAGAAUGUCAGAGGCUGCGUGUUCUGGUUCAAAAACGAUUGCCAAGUCAAGCUUCCUUGGCAAAAAUGAAAAACGAAUUUGAAAUGUUGGAACAGGAUUCACUUGAAAUGAGAAGGAAAAACUUGAACUCAACCAGUUUAGUGGUUGAAUCUGCACUUGAAAGUUCUGAGACUGCCAUUAGAAGAACCACUGCAUUGACCGAGCAACUGAAUGCAGUGGAAGAAGAAAACAAGGCAUUGAAAGAAUCACUAAAUAGGAAAAUAAAUGAAGUCAAAUUCUCAAGAGCAAUGCUUGCUCGCACGGCUUCUAAACUGAUGCGACUUGAGUCGGAGAUUGAAUCUAGAGGCCAUGUAACCUUGGAGCAGACUAGAAGUAAUCUUGCAAUUCGAGAUUUAUCUUUGUCAUCAAUGUCUGAUAUUGGCAGUGAUGACAAGGUUAGCUGUGCUGACUCCUGGGCUUCUGCAUUGAUUUCGGAAUUGGAGCACUUUAGAAGUAUACGGCAGAAGGAAUCAUUAUCAUGCAAAAAUGUUGGACCCUCAGAUUUAAGCCUUAUGGAUGACUUCCUUGAAAUGGAAAAAUUAGCAGUGGUCUCUGUUGAAAAUGCCACUGAAAUUUCACAAGCUUCUGUAGAAGAAAAUAAUGAAAUAGAUGGCUUCUCAGAGACUAGACCGAACGAGAUUAGCUCUGGAGUAAAAGGUAAGGAGAUUAUUCCUGUGUCUGAUCAUUUGUCAGAGUUCUCCAUUUCAAAUCAGGAAUCAUGUUCUAAUGACAUGUUAAAGGGUGAUAUUCCUGGCUGGCUUCUGGAAGUAGUUAAAAUGAUAAUGGAUCAAAACUGUGCCACUCAUAAGAACCUCGAUGACAUACGUGAGGAUAUUAGACUGGCUUUGAGCUAUCUAAAAAGUACAGAUCAAUAUACGUUUGAUUCAAGCAAAGGCUCAGGUCACUUUGAUGGAUCUAAGCCUCUCCAUUUUAGUAAGCACACUUCAUGGGAACCUUUGAAUAAUUCUGGGCAAGAAGAUCUGUGUGGUACUGAUGCUCAGAUUUUAUCAAUAAAGGGAACUAAACAGCAAUCUCAAAGGGAUAUGGGCCAGUCAAUAGGUAAGAUAAUUGAGCUUAUUGAAGGGAUUAGCAUGCCUGCUGAGGAUUUUGAUAAUUCAGAUUCUUUGUACCAAAGAGAAAAUAUAUGUACACGCAAGAGUCAAGGAAUGCCUACUGGCUACAUGGUCCGUGUUUUCCAGUGGAAAACAUCUGAACUUAGUAGUGUCCUACAGCAAUUUCUCCAUGUGUGUUACGAUUUACUCAAUAACAGGGCCGAUCAUGAAAAAUUUGCCACAGAACUGACCACAGCUUUGGAUUGGAUUAUGAAUCACUGCUUUUCAAUUCAGGAUGUUUCUAGUAUGAGGGAUGACAUUAAAAAACAAUUUGAUUGGGAUGAGACACUAAGUGAAAUCGAAGCUGAAACAGGGAUGUCUGCAGAUGCAUUUAAGUUGCAUCUUACUAGGGAACAGUUAUCAUGUUUGCCUCCUCUAACUAAUUCAGAUUGUCAUGGUGUUCCAACUGAAGAGAUGCCAUAUGUUGACAAGGAAGAAAUUAAAAAUAUUGAAGAUAAAGUAAUCAGUUCUGAAUCUGAGAAGGAAGCCUUGGAAGGGAUGCUCCAAUCAGCUACAAAUCAACUUCAGGAAUCAGAGAAGACUGUUGGCAGCUUGAGAUUGGAGUUAGAAACUGUGAAAGAAUUGAAUCGAAUGCUAGAAGAUCAAGUACAAAAUCAUGCAUUCAUAAAUGAAGAUCUUGAGACCCAGCUUACAGAAACAGAACUACAAGAGGCUAAUCACAGGGUUUUAGCAUUAGAAGUGGAACUGGAGAGCAAAAACCAAUAUUGUGAAGAAUUAGAGACCAAAUGUGUUGAACUUCAGCUCCAGUUUGAAAGCAUGACAAAGAAAGACAAGGACAUUAAUCAGAAGGAUGAGCCACUACAAACUGACUGGGAGAUUACCGCCGCGUCGGAAAAGUUGGCAGAGUGUCAAGAAACCAUUCUUAACCUUGGGAAGCAGUUGAAGGCAUUAGCUGCACCAAAGGAUGUCUCUCUUUUUGACAAUGCCAUUGCCUCCCAACGUCGUACAGUCACAAACACGAAUUCUGUCCCCCCGAAAGAAAUGAAAGUGAAAAAUCGAUCUUCUCUGUUUGAUCAGAUGGUGGCAGAUGAUGAUACUAAAUCAAAUGUAAAUGCUAUCACAGCAAGUGAAAGAAGCUCCAGUCCCACCAGCAUUCCUAGUUUCAAACAGCCCCUGGAAAAGAUUUUACUUUUGAAUGGACUUAAAGGCCAGGAAGACAGUGCUAGUGUUAAUUCUUUGGCCAUCGUACCUACCAAGAAAUCUGGUGGUCGAAGUUUUUGGAGAAGGCUAUUUGGGAGAAAAAAAUCCAAAAAGAAGACACAGUUUUCGUUGAACACAUGAAAAACAUUUGUAGUGCUGUUAUAGUAAUUCCUGAGACAGGGGAACAAUUACAUCUUUGCGAUAUUUCUAAUGGAGUGAUGUUUGUUGUCUUUGUUCUUGGCUCUUUUGUUUAUACGACUGAAAAUUAACUGCUGAAGGUUUCAAGUUAUUGGAUGCAUGAAACAGUUGUUGUGGCAUAUACACUUACCAGGUUUUGUGGGCUCGUGUCAACCAUGCUAGUUUUGUGUAACUUUUUCUUUUACGUGUUGGGCUAGAGUGAGUUGUAACAAAUUGGGUGUUGUAUGUAAAUUUUAUGGAUGAAAUAAUUACCAAAAUCAUGUAUGGAAGACAAGUUCCUUAGUGUC